AUGGUCAAAGUCAAGAAGCGCGCUUCCAAGCGUGUCAAGAUCGCUCAAAGGGAAAAGAUCAAGAAAAAGGUCAAGGAGCAUCGCCGAAAGACGCGCAGAGACGAGCGAAGAAGUACACAAUGGAAGAGCAAAGCACGCAAAGAUCCAGGUAUCCCCAACUCGUUUCCAUACAAGGAGCAGCUGCUCAACGAGAUUGAGCAGAAGCGCAGAAUCCAAGAGGAGGAGAAGCUCGCAAAAAAGGCUCAAAAGCUCGCGCAACACGAUGGAACUGAGCUAGAAGGAGCCGAAACAUCGGAUGCCGAAGCUGCGGAGGACGAUGAGGAGGACGAGAUGGACGAGGACGAUGUGCUCCAAGACAUGCCUCUGACUGCACCGCUCUACCGCGGCACGCUUUCGGAGCUGCUCGCCUCGGACGAGAUCAAAACCAUCGUCCUCGCGCUUGACGCACGUGACCCGCAAAGUUUCCGCUGCCCAUGGCUCGAGGCUGAGAUCAGUAACACGAAGAGCAAGAAGCUCGCAUUCGCGCUUGGCCGCGCCGACAUGGUCCCACUCGAGACAGUUGCCGCUUGGACAGCGUACCUUUCCACAACCGCCGGAGUCGCCACUUUCCCCAUCUCUUCGCCUCCGGAUCAGCUUGCCGAAAACACUGGCGCAGAGGCGCUUGUGCAGCAACUUGAUCUCAAAGGAGUCGGAAAGGGCGAUAUAGCAGUAGUCGGUCUGGCACACUCGGGCAGAAGCACGGUUGCUGACGCUAUCCUCAAUGCUAUUGGCCUCCCUGAAGACGAGGACGUCGAAGACGAGGACAACGAGACAACCGAUUGGCCAGCAGUCCUGGACACCUCUGCCUUAAUCCCAGUCAAGAGCUCCGAGGCUGCCGAGGCUUCCGAUGAGGAAGAAGAGGACGGCGAAGAUGAGGACGAGGAUGGAGAUGCAGAGGACGGGGAAGAUGAGCACAAGUUCAUGGCGCGCAUGGAGCUCAAGUCGAUGCAAACCUUGAUGCGCAACCAGGGACACGUUCAGAGAAUCAAGGAGCCAUUGCCGCUCACCUGGGCAUUGCUCUCGCGUGUCUCACAUCCUGAAGACCUCAUGCUCAUCUACAAUGUGCCUGCUUUCGGCUCGUUCCAACCCGACAGAGCUUCGCUCGCUGACGAAGAGCUGGAUGCCGAUGAAAAGGAAAAGAUCAAGGCCAACUCCAGACGUCAAAAGGUGCACGCUGACACACAAGAGUUCCUCAUCGCUCUCGCUCGUGCUACAGGCCGCAUGAAGAAGCGCAACAUUCCCGACGAGGUGGGUGCGUCGCGUGUCCUACUUCGAGACUGGUCGCAUCAGAUGCUGGGCUACUACACUCAAGCUCCCAAGCUCGCCACCGAGGCAGCAAAACUUUCCGACCAAGUCAAACAGCGAGUCUCGACAAGCCUCCCUCUCGUGUUGGCCAGAAAGGAAUGGCGCAAGAAGUUCCAAACUCGUGAGCUGCGACUCAGGCCGAUCUCCAUGGUGCUCGGUCGUGAGGCGUUGGUUCUGGACCAGGUCGAGAUGCUCCCUCCUCCACCCGAACAAGGCAGCGACGAGGAUGAAGACGAGAUUGACGAGGCGUUGCUCGAAGAGGACCAGAGCAGCUUUGAAGACGAUGAGCAAGACGAGCCAGAGGAGCUAGUCACUUCCAAGAAAGGACCUCAGCUCAAAUCGAUUCUCAAGAAGAGCGCUUCCACGAAACGAGACUUUGUCGACGAUGACAGGCUGCCCGAGGACGACCAGGAGCAAGACGAUGAUGUCGAGGAACAGUCCCUCUCGCACAAGGAGCGAAGAUUACAGAAGAAGGCUCGAGUCGUGGUGCCUUCCAAGUCCAAGCCUGCCGCUUCUAAACGCAGCAACGCCAAGGCGUCAAAACUGACCGGUGCUGCUGCUAAAGCUGCUCUGGCCGCAACAGGCCCCGCUCCCGGCGAAAAGUACGACUUUGGCGCCUUCUUCUAG